AUGGAGCAGGAAACUCCUCUGUUGAACAAUUGUGAAGCUUCAAAUACGACCCAUGAUACUCCUGAUGACGAUGGAAUCCAUUUGACGGCAGCCUCAGAGCGCAACGAGAAGACAUGGAGGAGAAUUGACCAUCGAACUCUCUUACUGAAUUGCCUCUGGACCUUACUUCCUCGUUAUCUACAUCCAGAAGGGCGAAAAGAAUAUUCAAAAGCCAAAUUACAUCCAACAGCAUAUCUUGAUGCUGUCCGAGGUUACGCCGCUGUUAUAGUCUUCUUCUACCACGGUUGGAAAGAAACAACACUAUGGGUGUUUCGACUCCCAUUCAUUCGCACCUUCAUCCUUGGUGGCCCUGGCAUGGUCGCAGUCUUCUUCGUCAUCUCAGGUUAUGUCUUAAGCUACCGAAUGCUCAAGUUGAUACGGAACCAGGAGAGCGCUCUACUUCUCGACGCAUUUUCGUCAUCCAUGUUCCGCCGAUGGUUACGGCUGUAUGGCUCGACUUCUGUCGCCACUUUUAUUGCCGCAUGCUGUGUGAGCUUGGGAUGGUUUAUUCCUCUCCCAGACCUGGCGCAACCAACCUUUCUGGCCCAAAUGUGGAAUUGGCUUCUCUCGACUAUCGCAUUCAGUAAUCCUUUUGCAAACAUCGAUGGAUGGAUGCACCCAGGGGUUUUCUUUACACCAUACCUAGGUCAAAUGUGGACAAUACCUAUUGAAUAUCGAGGUAGCAUCAUCUUGUUCUGCUUCGCAAUCUCGGCCGCCAAAUUAUCGGUUCGAUCCCGAAUGCUAUAUCUUUGGGUUGUUGUCUUGCUCUGCUAUUUCUGGAGAUGUGUUUACAUCCCAGAGUUCCUGUUAGGAAUGUUUAUUGCAGAAUUGUCUUUCUUGCGACAUCCGGAACGGCUAGGUCGCCCUACGUUACCAAUGGAAGAGAACGAAAAGCUUUCGUCGCGACAUUCAAAAUUGUGGCAACUAUCUAAAGCAAUUGCAACGCCCAUUGGCUCCUCCAUCGCUCUAGUCAUUGGUAUACUAUUACUCGGGCAACCAGAUCCACCUAAUUUGGGUGCAGCUGGACCGUUCCCAUUUCAAUACCUAGUUCACUUCAUUCCCCCCUGGUUCGGAGACGCAGCCUACACCUUUUGGCUCAGCAUCGGCGCUUUCCUGGUCAUCCUAGCUCUCGACUCUUGCACAAUCCUGCAACAGCCCUUUACCUGGGGGUUUUCGCAGUACAUUGGCGAUCUUUCGUUCGGAAUCUAUGCGAUACACGUACUAUGGAUCGAUGUCCUGUAUCUGAAGGUAUUGGUUCCAUGGCAGGCAAUAUAUCUCGGAGAUUCAUAUCCUGCAUACAUACCAGGGAUCUUGGUUCUUAGUAUCUGUAUGAUGUGGUCCGCAGAUUAUUUCCGACGGGUGGAUCGGCUGAUAGUCAAUCUCAGCAGAUGGCUCCAGACUAUAUCUUUCCAGAAAUGGCAAUGA